UGUAUGGUCUCCACAAGCACUGAAGCAGGCCCAGCCCAGCCCAGCCCAGCCGUAUGUGUCGCUUACGUACUCCUUCCCUGAGAUAGAGAAGGCGAAGCAAACAUAGCACCGCGUAACAAGGAAAAGGUGAAGAUUUGCGGGAUUAUGGACUUGGCUUUCCGUUCACCCUUGUACCUACCAUCACCAUCUACCACCACUGCUGCCACUACUACAAGGAGGCCCAAUUACCUGGUUAGGCGUUUGAGAUCAACCACCUGGAAACUCUCCAUGUCCAUGACCAUACCUUCAGCUCAGGCAUAUGAUUCUGUGUUGGAGAACAAAAAGCAUCAACUUUUGAACUCUCUCCAAGACACACAAAGGGGGCUCUUGACAACUCCUGACCAACGCUCUUCUAUCGAGGAGGCUCUGGUAAAUGUAGAGGGGUGCAACAUGGGUGAGCCUAUCAAUUUGUCCAUGUUGGAUGGAACAUGGCGCCUCCAGUAUACUUCUGCUUCUGAUGUUCUCAUUCUUCUGCAAGCUGCUGCUACACUUCCUUUCUUUCAAGUUGGGCAGAUCUUUCAGAAAUUUGAAUGUCGUGAUCAAUCUAAUGGAGGUGUUAUCCGUAAUAUUGUCCGGUGGAGUAUUCCAAAUUUGUUAGAGCAACAAGAAGGUGCUACAUUGCUUGUAUCAGCCAAGUUUUCUGUUGUAUCUGUACGCAAUAUCUACCUUAAGUUUCAAGAGAUCACAGUUCAAGAUAUAAAUAUUAGUGAAGAGCUGCAGGCUCUAAUAGCUCCAGCAAUACUGCCACGAACUUUUAUAAGUCUGCAGAUCUUGCAAUUUCUCCGUGCUUUCAAAGCUCAAAUCCCUGUGAGGGAUUCAGGAAGGGAAUCAGUAGGAGGACUAUAUUAUCUUAGUUAUUUGGAUGAUAAUAUGCUUUUGGGUCGUGCUGUUGGUGGAGGAGGGGUAUUUGUGUUUACGAGAGCCCAAUCUCUCUACUGAUGAACGUUGAGCAGCAGUUAAAACUUGUAAUGCUUCCGGCAAUAACACUCGAUGAGCCUUUGUUUAUGGAAGUAGCCAUAUGCAAAGCAAGAAAGUAAUGAUAGGAUUAUAGUACAUAAUUAUAGAAUAAGUCUAUUAUUUGCAAUUGAUCAGAGGUUGACUUGUAUUGUAUCUAUUGAUUUCAUUCUAUAUUGGCAAAGCAAGGAGAUAGUCCGUGUUCAAUAUAGAUGUUAAUAUCAGAUCCCUAGCAUAUAGUUCUUCAAAUUGCGCAUUUGAACAAAGCAUCAUUUGACAA